AUGGAGAACACCAAGUACACGCCCGUCGACUCUACCGAGACUAAUGAUCCAUCAGAGCAAAAGAGAAAGAGCUUGCUGCCCCGAAAUGAAAAAUGGCAACUGGGCAUCUUCUACGCAGCCCUCGCGACUUCAAUUGUCUGCGUUUUAAAUCUCAUCAUCACUAUAUGGGCGUUUGUGACUCACGGGAUGACGUACGGGAGCGCUGUGCUGUACGAAGGCUCCUGCGAGACGACUAAGAAUUUGAACAUCGGCGUCCAUCUUAUCAUCAACAUCUUCAGUUCUGCCAUACUGAGCGGCAGCAACUACACUAUGCAAUGUUUGUCCUCGCCUACCAGAUCGGAGGUGGAUGAUGCGCAUGCGCGAGGAACAUGGCUGGACAUCGGAGUGCCUAGCAUUCGCAACCUGCGCAGCAUUGCGAAGCGGAGGUUGUGGAUUUGGCUACUGCUGUGUGUAUCAUCAAUACCGUUACAUCUCUUCUACAAUUCUGUUGUCUUUACAACGCUCUCAGGAAACUCCUACUUUGUUUACAUCACGAACGAGGCGUGGCUUUCGUCGUCCGAUAGUCUUAUCGUUCCCGACUCGGGGGAGUACGGUCCACUUCUGACUGAGCUUGUGGACAAACAGCUCUGGAAGGCAAAUCAAGCUGGUUCGCUCCAGCGCCUCGAACCCAGGUCAUGCAUCGAUGCGUACGCUCGCUCCUUUAUAUCCGCUCGAGGUAAUCUCCUCGUGAUUACCUCUAAUUCUACCAGCUCCUCCGAAGCAGGGGAAAUCUUUGACUACGCAUCUGGAGGCGAAAUUACCAUCACUGGAGGCCAGGAUGCCACAAACCUCGACCCGUACUCCUGGAUAUGCGGCGACAGCCUGAAGUGUCUCAAAUACUACAAAUCUAGUAAGUUGAGACACAAGUGUAUGGAGUACGAAUUCUGCGAUGUCGAUGCUCUGGGGAUUCGCAACAACCCUCAGAACUGGACAUUGAAUCAGCGGAAAGUCGAUUACUGCUUAAGCACGGAGACGGAAGAACACUGCAAAUUGCGCCUCAACGCUGCGAUCGCGGCCCUGGUCAUCUUCACAAAUUUUUGCAAAGCUUUGCUAAUCAUUACCACAUACUUUUCGACAAGAGAGCACCUCCUCCUCGGCAUCGGCGAUGCCAUAGUCAGCUUCCUGUCUCACCCUGAUCCAGUCACUGAAGGCUCAUCCCUCUUAUCUAAGGAUGAUGCAACGCCUCAUCAAAAGUUCUCCAGUUCUUCGUUCGGGCCGCGCCCCUUCCACUCAUCGCGCAAGCGCUGGCUCGCCGCUGUCUCGCGGCGCCGCACAAUCACCAUCUUCACAACCGCCGCUCUAAGUCUAAUCAUCUGCUCCGCGCUACUCAUCUACGCCUCCUUCAACAUGAAAGGCGCAAAGCCAUCCGACAUAUGGACCCUCGGCUUCGGCCAGCCAAGCGAAAACACCCUCAUAACCUUCGCAGGCAUCCGGCGCCGUAUGAUCCGCACCGCCGGACUCCUCUCCAAUGUCCUAAUUGCAAACACUCCCCAAUUAGUUUUGUCCUUUAUAUACUUCUCUUGCAAUGCUCAUCUUACUUCCAUGCUCGCUGCUCGCGAAUGGUCGUCCUUUGCCAAGACUAGGAAGGGCCUGCGCGUGCACACACAUCCGCGCGGCGCUCAGCGCGCAACGUACUUCCUGCAACUGCCCUGGCGGUACAGUGCGCCCAUGAUCUUGGCAGGUGCUCUGCUACAUUGGCUCGCAUCGCAGAGCAUUUUUGUUGUUAGCGUCGAGUGGUGGGCAAAUGUCACGAUCGACAUUGAGGUCUACCUCGCCCGAGGCAGUGCUCCAUCUAUCGAGUAG